AUGAUACCCUUCAUACACAAGCCCUUUGAGCUGCUCGCGGGCACCAUCGGCGCCUCGCCCGACGAGCUGAAGCUGAUCUUCUCCUUCCUGCUCUCCUACCCCCUGGCCGGCCUCCUCAAGCGCGUGCCCGACGCCCGCCCCGAGUACAAGAAUGCCUUCAUCAUCGCCUGCUCGCUCUUCUACCUCGUCGGCCUGUUCGACCUGUGGGACGGCCUGCGCACCCUCGUCAUCGCCGCCGGCGGCACCUACGGCCUCGCCUACUACCUGCGCGGCAGCCCCUACAUGCCCUGGCUCGGCUUCGUCUUCCUCAUGGGCCACAUGGCCGUCAACCAGCUGGCCCGCCAGUUCGCCAACAACCCCGCCGCCGUCGACAUCACCGGCGCCCAGAUGGUCCUGGUCAUGAAGCUGUCGGCCUUCUGCUGGAACGUCGCCGACGGCACCCUGCCCGAGGACCACCUGUCCGACUUCCAGAAGACGCGCCGCAUCGUCAGGCUGCCCGGCCUGCUCGACUACGCCGGCUACGUGCUCUUCUUCCCCUCACUCAUGGCCGGGCCCUCGUUCGACUACAACGAGUACAAGGGCUGGAUCGACUGCACCAUGUUCGACGUCCCGACCACCGUCGACCCCUCCAAGAAGCCCCCGACCCGCAAGAAGCGCAAGAUCCCCCGCAGCGGCACCCCCGCCAUGUGGAAGCUGGGCGGCGGCCUCGUCUGGAUCUUGGCCUUCCUCAACUUCAGCCGCUGGUUUGACUGGGCCUUCAUGCUCGACGACAGGUUCCUGGCCUACUCGUUCCUGCGCCGCGUCUUCUACGUCCACAUGGUCGGCUUCACCGCCCGCCUCAAGUACUACGGCGUCUGGACCCUGACCGAGGGCGCCUGCAUCCUCGCCGGCCUGGGCUACAAGGGCAUCGACCCCGUCACCGGCAAGGUCAGCUGGGACCGCCUGCAGAACAUCAACCCCUGGGGCGUCGAGACGGCCCAGAACAGCCGCGCCUACCUCGAGAACUGGAACAUGAACACCAACAAGUGGCUGCGCUACUACAUCUACCUCCGCGUCACCCCGCGCAACAAGAAGCCCGGCUUCCGCGCCAGCCUGGCCACUUUUACCACCAGUGCCUUCUGGCACGGUUUCUACCCGGGCUACUAUCUAACCUUUGUGCUGGCGAGUUUCGUCCAGACUGCUGCUAAGCACUACCGUCGCAACAUCCGCCCCUUCUUCCUCGACCCCGUCACCCAGAACCCCCUCCCGUCCAAGCGCUACUACGACAUCGCCUCGUGGUUCGCCACCCAGGCCAUCUUCUCCUUCGUGGUGGCACCCUUUGUGAUCCUCGACUUUGCCGACUCCUUCACCGUGUGGUCGCGCGUCUACUUCUACGCCAUCGUCGCGACGGGCGCCUCGCUCGCCUUCUUCUCGUCCCCCGGCAAGCAGUGGCUCCGCGCCCGCCAGGAGCAGCGCACCAAGGACGCCGGCGUCAAGCUGGUCCGCAACCUGAGCACCGAGAGCCUGGUCGCGUCGGGCACCAGCCGCCCGCCCAUCCUCGGCCUCAGCCAGGACCCCAUCCGCGACGUCAACGAGAUGGUCGACGAGAUCCGCGCCGAGGUCGAGCGCGUCAAGCGCGAAGGCCCACGGAGGCGCGCGGGCAGUGCCAGCGCCAACAUCGGCGAGAUUGUCGAGAAGGCUAAGCAGCAGGUCAUCGAGGCGCGAAAGAACGCCUAA